CCAGUUGUUCGCGACACAGCAACCAAAUUGCAGUCCCAGUUCGGAGUGUUUGUAAUCCUUCAGUUUCCCCUAGUUGGACCACUCGUGUUGCCUCCUACUCUUGGCAAAUAUGUCGUGCGAUGAGAAAACAGCGCUGCUGGCAAAAGAACGAGGCCACCAGCAACACAUCUCCAUUGUGGUAAUGCCCGCGUCGAGAAAGGAUCCAAAGGAUUAUGAACCCAUUUUCACAACUGCUGACAUUUCGUUUGCUUCUUGUUCUAACCCCUACCACAUCGCCAGCUACUCCUAUGGCCUCUCAUUGGAGGAACUGUUGCCGUUCACUCUGGAUCCCUGGUGGCAGAAUGUGCGACGUCUGUGCUUCGUCUGCCUCUGGCUGACAAUGGUGUUGACCCUGCUGGCUGCCAUUUCCAUUGCGUACUUCCAUGAUGCCGCCGCUGUCUGCCGCGCGAAUGCCACUACCACGACCAAUCUUCCAACAUCAACAUCAUCUCCUCCGUCAGCAUUUGCCUUGACGGCAAAUGGCACACAAUUGCUGUGGGCCAGCUUUUAGUAUUAGUAAUAGAGCCACUAGAUGAAGUAUUGGGGGUGAUGCUGCAAUCGUACUCAUUGGAUUACAUCAGCCGCUUCCACAAUUCUCGCGUUUGUUUGGUUUACCGGCUUUUCGCUGCCCAUUCCCCCCAACCUGCUUCUCCAGUUGCCCCAUUAAAGCGAUAAGCUUGAUGGCGGAAUCGAUUGAUUGUGGGACAAUUGUGUUUGUUUACAAGCUGCUUAUUUUAAUUGUCAUUAUAUGACAUUAAUUUUGUUGCUAUUUUAUAUGUAUAUGUAUAAGGAAGCGACACCAUCUAUAAAUCAUUAAGGCUCAGAAAUAAUUCGUAUCUGUACAUAACUAACAAUAAGUAAGUAAGCCUAUUGUAAAAGCAUUACGUUAGUAUGUAUUAAUCAUAAAUUAAUUCAAAAAUUGCAUUCUUUUGUUAACAAAUUCUAUUAAAACUAUUUCUUUGAAA